AUGGCUUUUCAUCCACAGGUAUGGAUCGAUUUGGACAGCAUGAGGUCCGUCGACGACCUGAUGGACGGAAUGGCUAUGGCAGUGGAAAACGCAUUUGUCGUCCUCAUUCUAUUCUCCAAGGCUUACAAGGACAGUUCAAACACACGCAGCGAAGCCCAGUAUGCAUAUCACAUGAGAAAGCCACUUCUAUUCCUUCGAGUUCAACCAGCCUAUCGACCGGAUGGUUGGCUUGGAAUCAUGUUGGGCGCCCGUAUCUACUUGGACUUCUCGGGAAAAUAUCCAUUUGAGAAAAAAUUCGAAGAGCUCUUAUUUUCUGUGCACAAGGCGGCAAAUAGAGAUCCAGAAAUGAUCGAUAGUAUCACAGCGGUGGAUCGACCGAAUAAAUGUGUUGAACCGAUUCAGUCAGAACCGAAACCAACGUCAGCGCCACCGGUGACCAGCACCGAAACUCCCGAACCACCGACGUACAUAACGUGGGACGAAGAAGAGACGACUGCGUGGCUGAAGCGAUCCAACGUGGAAUGGCACAGCGAAGAAGCACUGACCGGAGGUCAUUUGUUGUUUCUCAGUAAACUGGCCAAAGACUCACCGGAGUUCUUUUACGAAACACUGAAGAAUUUUGGCGGUUUAUCCAACUUGACAAUGCUGAUGAAUUUCACUACGGCAUUGCAUCAGCUGUCAUCGUGA